AUGUCGUUGCGUAUAAUUGCCACUGGUGGGCAUUCUGGGCUCGGAUACGAAGCGCUCAAGACACUCUUCGCUUCUGUGAAUCUAGCGUCGGGGUCCAGCCUGACCUUGCUGGUUCGAGACGAGAAAGCAUCUCACGUUGAGCGAGCUCGUCGGGAGCUGACGCAGCAGUACAAGGCCGCCAAAGCUACAGCUGGAUUAUCUUCAGCUUCCGAGCUUACAGUCGAGGUCAGCAGUAUGGACCUAGCUUCUCUGCCAUCGGUUCGGAAAGCGGCUUCCGCGAUCAAAGCUCAGCUCAGACAGACUCCACCAGCGCCAUCAACAGGUACAGACAUCUUUCUUCUCAAUGCUGCUGUCGCCAAGUCAUCUCGUGAGACUGUAGCGGAUCAAGAUCGCGCUUCGGGCAGUGCAUCCUACCCUUCUGAUCAUCUGACGAGCGCAGACAGCCGCAUCGAGACCACCGCCUGCGUCAACCACAUCGCCCACCUCAUCUUCAUCUCCUCUCUCAUCCUGACCAUCGCAGAAAACGCGAAGAAUGGUCGCAAAACACGCAUCGUCUUCACUGGUAGUGCACUUCAUCGCUCCGUCAAAGACCUCGCCGUUCUCGACGGCUACUUCUCCGCAUCUUCGCACGCAAGUACUUCGCCAUGGACGCUGCGAGAGACAUACGCAGCGUCAAAGUUCCUGCAAAUGCUCGGUGUGCGGGCCCUUCGUCGACGUAUCGAUGAAGCGCUUCAAGCUGCUUCGGUUCCAGCGGGGAGCGUUGAGGUUGUUGUGGUGCAGCCCGGCUUUGUGCCUCAGACAGCACUUUGUCGCGAGUCCGGCUUGAUGACGCGGCUUGCCAUGUCGUAUGUGCUGCCGUGGGCGCCGUUCACCACGAGUCUCGAGGAUGCCGGCAAGUACAUCGCUGAUGCGUGCACCAUCGACUUACCCGCGUCCGAGGCAGGGACAAACAAACACGACGGCUUUCAUUCUCAAGAUACUGUCGUACGCUCAGCACUUCUGGAGGUGCAUGCCAAGAAGCAGCGUUUCGGCACGCUCGAUCCGCGUACGGGAGACAUCGAGCUGCAGGACAAGUGGUGGCCUGCUGCAUGCGAAUUAUCGUGA